GACCGCCUUCUUCUUCUUCGUCUUCUUAAAGACUAUAGCAUUAUCUGCUUUCUUUAUUCCGUAUUCAGCGAUGAUUGUAGCAGCAAUGCCAAUUUCAGCUUCUUCACUCCCAAUUCUUUCUUUUACCACUCACUCACCACUUCAAAAGCUCAACCGCCAUUGCUAUUUCACGCUUCAUUUCACCAACAAAACUUAUCCGUCUUCUAACUAUAAAUCGCUCUCUCUACGAAAUGCCUCUUCUUCUGAUUCUUCAUCAACUUCUACUUCUACUUCUGUUGAGAAGAUUAAUAGUGAGCCCAUGAUUCCACCAUAUAACGUUUUGAUCACUGGUUCCACUAAAGGAAUCGGGUAUGCACUAGCAAAGGAGUUUCUGAAAUCUGGAGACAAUGUCAUCAUAUGCUCACGAUCUGAGGAACGAGUGAAAUCUGCUAUAGAAAGCUUGAAGGUAGAGUCAGGGAAGCAGCAUGUGUGGGGCACCAAGUGUGAUGUUCGAGAUGGGAAUGAUGUCAAGAACUUAGUUGCUUUUUCCAAAGAGCAACUCAAAUACAUUGACAUAUGGAUAAAUAAUGCAGGAUCAAAUGCUUACAGUUACAAACCAUUGAUGGAGGCAUCUGAUCAAGAUCUAAUUGAAGUUGUCUCUACCAAUACCUUGGGCUUAAUGAUAUGUUGUCGAGAGGCAAUGAAUAUGAUGCAAAAACAACCUCGAGGUGGUCAUAUCUUUAACAUUGAUGGAGCUGGUUCUGAUGGUAGACCAACCCCGAGAUUUGCUGCUUAUGGGGCUACUAAACGCAGCGUGGUACAUCUUACCAAAUCACUACAGGCAGAAUUGAAAAUGCAAGAUGUCAAAAAUGUUCUUGUGCAUAAUCUCUCUCCAGGAAUGGUCACAACAGAUCUUCUCAUGUCAGGUGCUAAUACAAAGCAGGCCAAGUUUUUCAUCAAUGUUUUGGCUGAACCAGCUGAAAAGCAGGUUGCUGAGUACCUAGUUCCCAACAUCAGAUCCAUUCCUACAAAUGGAUCUGGAAGACCGACUUACAUUCGUUUCCUCACUGGAUUAAAAGCCUAUUCCCAGAUAUUCUCAAGACUCGCAUUUGGUGCUCGAAGAAAUCGGUAUUUUCUUGAAGAUUAGCACACGCACAAAGAGAAUGCUUGCUUGUGUCUGUCUCCGUGUGCAUCUAUUUCCCCUCUCCUUCCAACUAGAUUCAGAUGAUUCCUGUUGUUACAUUACAACCCCUAUUCAGUUGUUGUUUUCUUUAUUUUACCAAUAGAAUCGUAGAGGAAUAUUGAAGCUUGGAGAAGUGAAAUUCAAUUCUUUGAACAA